CAACCCUGUCAUUUUCCCGUCUUUUAAUUCUCUACCCAAAACUGAAACGAACUCGAAAACCCCAUUUUUCAAAUGCUCAAGGAGAAUCCCAGUUUCAGCAGUUGAAACUCCGAAAGGCAGAAAAACGAAGGUCGAAACUUUAUCCUGCAAUGGUAGCAGAAGCUUGGAUACUCAAAAUGGGAAACCAGGUAAGCUCCAAUCUCAAACAUGCAUUCCUCCUCGACCCUUCUUCCAAAAAGAACAACAACCCGACACCCAAAAACCACGAAACUGUCGGUAUCUUGUCUUUCGAAGUCGCCAAUGUGAUGUCCAAAUCCAUCCACCUCCACAAAUCCCUGUCCGAGCCCGGGCUCUCCAAGCUUAAAUCCGAGACCCUAAACUCCCAAGGCAUCUCCCUUUUGAUUUCCUCGGAUGAGAAUCAUCUUCUCGCCCUUACUUUAGCUGAAAAGCUCGACGAGUUAAACUGGGUCGCCCAUGUUGUCUCUAUACUAGGCAAGAAAUGUAGUGAACCUGCUUUACUAGGUUUCGAGCAUGUCUAUGGUGAUGUCUCGAGUGGGGUUAUUGAUGUUAGAGAAUUGGGGUUUUUAGUCAAAGAUAUGGAUGGGAUGGUUAAGAGAAUGGAAAGCUUUGUUAAUUCCACUGCUAAUUUGUAUACUGAAAUGGAGGUUUUGAAUGAAUUAGAACAGGCUAGUAAGAAGUUUCAAGUGAACCAACAUGAGGAAAGCAAGAGAGCUUUCGAGCAAAAAUUGAUUUGGCAGCGACAAGAUGUAAGGCAUCUUAAGAAUGUUUCACUUUGGAACCAGACAUUUGAUAAGGUUGUCGAGUUGUUGGCUCGGACUGUUUGUACUAUUUUUGCUAGGAUUCUUGCUGGUUUUGGGGAGUCUGCUUUGGAAAAGGAUGGUGUCUUUGGGAGAGUUAAUGGCAGUUUUCGUGAUCGAGGGGAAGUCGUCGUUUCGAAGCUGUUGAAUCGGGGUCUUAGUAAGAGUAGUAGUGUUGGGAGUGGUCAGCUAGGGAAUGUGAUGGAGAAGAGGGGAGUGAGUUUGAAGCAUAGGGGAAUCGAUUCUCGAAAGGGUGAGCUCGGGUUGUUUCGGGUUGAGGAUUUCGGUUUCCAUUGUGGGACUAGUCCUGGAAGGUUUUUAACACAUUGCCUUAGUUUGAAUUCUUCUGUUUCAAGGUACGGUGAUGACGACAACGAUGAUAAUGGAAGCGCUGAUCGUGAUGAUCAACGUAGCCAGAUUUCGGGAUGCUGUAGUGCUGCGAACGAUGGGCUGAAGAGAGAGGGGCGGAAUGCGUCCCCAUUUCUUCAGUCCCAACUUAGUGUUCCUUUGAAUGGUGAUCACAGACAGUUCAAGAAUGGUGUGUUGAAUAAUGCACAAUUUGGUCCUAAAAGUAGGUUAGCUGUAUAUGCUUCACCCUCCACUGUGGGAGGCUCUGCUCUUGCCUUGCAUUAUGCCAAUGUAAUAAUCGUUAUCGAGAAGUUACAGCGCUACCCUCAUUUGGUCGGCGAAGAAGCUCGAGACGAUCUCUAUCAGAUGUUGCCUACAAGUUUGAGACUGUCGUUGAGGACUAAUCUCAAGUCCUAUGUCAAGAACUUGGCCAUAUAUGAUGCUCCAUUGGCUCACGAUUGGAAAGAAACUCUGGAAGGGAUUCUAAGCUGGCUCGCCCCCUUGGCACACAACAUGAUCCGAUGGCAAAGUGAAAGGAAUUUCGGGCAGCAGCAAAUCGGUGCUCGGACAAACAUUCUCCUCCUCCAGACAUUGUAUUUCGCUGAUAGAGAAAAGACCGAAGCAGCUAUCUGUGAACUUCUUGUCGGGUUGAAUUAUACAUGUCGUUACGAACAUCAGCAGAACACUCUGCUGGACUGCGCAAGCAGUUUCGAUUUCGAGGACUGCAUGGAAUGGCAAAUGAAAUACGGAAAUGCGUACAUCGAUUGAUGAUUACGAAUGUCUAAAAGCAUACAAAAACCUGUAGAGACCAGCAGAGUAUUCACCGCCAAAGGUCCAACAUACGCAUCGAAAAGCUUUCCCGUAAUCGAAUCGACUCAAUGAACGUAUUCACCUCCGAAGGUAUACUUCUUUCGUAUAUAAUUCCAAUCGAUUUAUAUGUUUCUCUGUACAUUCAUUACAAGUUCCGUCUCUUUCGCAUGCAAAAUGAAAAGCAUCAUUGGUUUUGAGCACUCCUGAAAUCUAUAUGGUUUCUCUUUUAUCAUUGCAUGUUGACUGGUAUAAUGAGAAGCUAACAUUCAUC